AUGGAGGGCUUGUUUUCGGCGUCAAAAAAGGCAAAAGAUCAAGGAGUCUAUAGAACUGUGAUCGACGGUUUACAUAGCUUAUAUUUUAAAUAUCUGCUUCCUUUGGAAACGACCUAUAGGUUUCACGAGUUUCAUUCACCUCCAUUGGAGCAUGCAGAUUUUGAUUCAACACCCAUUGUUUUACUUGUUGGUCAAUAUUCGACUGGGAAAACCACGUUUAUCCGAUACCUAAUUGGUGAGGAUUUUCCAGGAAUGCGCAUUGGUCCCGAACCAACUACUGAUAAAUUCAUAGCGAUUAUGCACGGCGAACAGUCGUCGAUAAUUCCGGGGAAUGCUCUGGUGGUUGACCCAAAAAAGCAGUUCCGUCCAUUAUCAGCCUUUGGAAAUAAUUUCUUGAAUCGAUUUCAGUGCUCUUUACUGAAUAAUAAGGUCCUUGAGGGCAUAUCUCUCGUAGAUACUCCUGGGAUACUCAGCGGUGAGAAGCAAAGACUUGGUCGCGGUUAUGACCUUACAGGAGUAAUUGAAUGGUUUGCACACCAUGUUGAUAGAAUAAUCCUCCUAUUCGAUGCGCAUAAAUUGGAUAUAUCCGAUGAAUUUAAAUCCGUUAUUGAAGCAGUCAAGGGCAACGAAGACAAAGUUCGCAUCGUGUUGAAUAAGGCUGAUAUGGUUGAUUUUCAGCAGCUAAUGCGAGUGUACGGUGCUCUGAUGUGGAACCUGGGCAAGAUUUUGGGCACCCCUGAAGUAGCGCGCGUAUACAUAGGCAGCUUUUGGGACCAUCAGCUUCACUUCGAUACGAAUCGUCGUCUCUUUGAGCUUGAACAGGCUGAUCUUUUCCAAGACCUUCAAAGCCUUCCGGCUUAUUCUACCAUUCGCAAACUUAACGAUCUUAUUCGACGCGCUCGUCUCGCCAAGGUUCAUGCGUAUAUAGUUUCUGAACUUCGGCGUCAAAUGCCAGCUCUCAUUGGUAAAGAAACUAAAAAGAAGGAGCUGAUAGCUAACCUUCCCGCGAUUUACGAAAAUCUUUCGAGGGUGCAUCACAUCUCAAUAGGAGACUUCCCACCGAUUGAAAAGAUGCGCGAAAUUCUUGCAACGCAAGACUUCAAGUCUUUCAGCAAUCUCCAGCCCAAACUUAUCGCUGGUGUGGAGAAAAUGCUAUCAGUUGACAUUGCAAAGUUAAUGCAAAUGAUUCCUCAGGAGCAGAAGGUGGGCUCGGAGGCCUUUCGUCCACAGGUGGAGGGUGGCGCUUUUGACAAUUUCGAGACACCCUUCGGCUUUGGUGCGUCAGAAGGUAUCAAUCGCGGCAAAUUUGAGAACACCUGGGUUGUUGAGCUCGAGGUGCCCGAGGCUUUCGAGGUCUUUCGUUCCCUGGACACUGCAGAUGGUAAGAUAAGUGGAGAGACAGCUCGUGUGGAGAUGUUAAAGUCGCAGUUGCCUGCGGCCACGUUGCGUCGCAUUUGGACCCUCUCCGACAUCGAUAAGGACGGGUGUCUUACAGCGGACGAGUUUGCAUUGGCGAAGUAUCUGAUCAAGCUUAAGUUAAACGGGCACGAAUUGCCCUCUGUUCUCCCCAAUCACCUAUAUCCGCCAUCCAUGCAGUCCUACCGACCAACGCACGAUGGGGCUAGUGGCGCAAAUGCGGAGUCCUCCUCGAUCCAUAGCAUUCCUCUCUCCUCCAAAAACGGCGACAUUUGA